AUGGCCAUGAAAGUUGGUGUUUCUGAUCUGUGCCACCUAGUGAUUCCAGUUGUACUUUCUCUCUUGCUUUCAAGCCACUAUUUUGCAAAAGCUGAUAAUGAGAUUGGCAAGCCCUUAAUAAUCAAAACUUGCACCCAAACUAAGUUUCCUGAUGUUUGCACCUCAGUUUUGGAGUCAGAUCCUCGCAGCUCCAGUGCAAAUCUAACUGGCCUUUCUAGGAUUGGCUUGGAGUUGACUGCAACCAAAGUUAAUGAGACUACUGCAGAGGCGUAUAAGUUGUUGAUCAAUGCAACAGAGUAUUAUCAAUGGUCAAUGCGUUCUGCUUGUUUUUAUGAAUAUAAUUCAAGUGUCCAUCAAAUUUACAAGGGUCUCGAAUAUUUUGAUCAGCGAAAGUAUCACAAGGCAAACGAAGUUGUGUUUCUUGUUAAUGGAGAUAUACAUACUUGCAGUACACGAGACGUACCAGAGUUAACUGGAACCAAUACAUUGCUAUCAAAGUUCACCGCUGAUCUACAAACGAUACUGCAUCAACUUCACUAA